GCAGACAUAGCGGAAGUCCAAACUUGCUGUGUAAUCCUUGUUGUGCAGAAGUACAAACUCUCUCUGUAGUCAACAUAUUUUACCUGAAUUGACCAUGCCAGACUAUUUAGGAGGAGACCAGAGGAAAGUUAAAGAAGAGGAAAAGGAAGAUAAACCUAUCAGAGCAUUGGACGAGGGGGACAUUGCCCUUUUGAAAACCUAUGGCCAGAGCACGUAUUCCCGCCAGAUAAAACAGGUUGAGGAUGAUAUCCAGCAACUGCUCAAGAAGAUUAAUGAGCUGACCGGCAUCAAGGAGUCUGACACUGGGCUGGCUCCUCCUGCACUAUGGGAUCUGGCUGCAGACAAACAAACCCUCCAGAGCGAGCAGCCCCUACAGGUGGCUAGAUGCACAAAAAUCAUCAAUGCCGACUCUGAAGACCCCAAGUACAUUAUCAAUGUGAAACAGUUUGCCAAGUUUGUGGUGGACCUGAGCGACCAGGUGGCCCCUACUGAUAUUGAGGAGGGCAUGAGGGUGGGUGUUGACAGAAACAAGUACCAGAUCCACAUUCCUCUGCCCCCUAAGAUUGACCCAACUGUAACAAUGAUGCAGGUGGAGGAGAAACCCGAUGUGACCUACAGCGAUGUGGGCGGCUGUAAGGAGCAGAUUGAGAAGUUGAGAGAGGUGGUGGAGACCCCUCUACUUCAUCCUGAGAGGUUUGUGAACCUGGGUAUUGAGCCCCCCAAGGGGGUCCUGCUGUUUGGGCCCCCCGGCACCGGUAAGACCCUGUGUGCCCGAGCGGUGGCCAAUCGCACCGACGCCUGCUUCAUCAGGGUCAUCGGCUCUGAGCUGGUCCAGAAGUACGUUGGAGAGGGUGCAAGAAUGGUCCGUGAGCUUUUUGAGAUGGCCAGAACCAAGAAGGCCUGUCUCAUCUUCUUUGAUGAAAUUGAUGCCAUUGGAGGCGCCCGCUUUGAUGACGGCGCCGGGGGAGACAACGAGGUCCAGAGGACCAUGCUGGAGCUCAUCAACCAGCUGGACGGCUUUGACCCCAGGGGGAACAUCAAGGUCCUCAUGGCCACCAACAGGCCUGACACCCUGGACCCCGCUCUCAUGAGACCUGGGCGUCUGGACAGGAAGAUAGAGUUCAGUCUGCCUGACCUGGAGGGUCGUACCCACAUCUUCAAGAUCCAUGCCCGCUCCAUGAGUGUGGAGAGAGACAUCCGCUUUGAGCUGCUGGCUCGUCUGUGUCCCAACAGCACCGGUGCUGAGAUCCGUAGUGUGUGCACAGAGGCAGGGAUGUUUGCCAUCAGAGCCCGCAGGAAGAUUGCCACUGAGAAGGACUUCCUGGAGGCAGUCAACAAGGUCAUCAAGUCCUACGCCAAGUUCAGCGCUACCCCACGCUACAUGACCUACAACUGAGGCUUCCCUGCGAUUGUUUUUCUGUUUGUGUUUGUUGUCACGGGGACGGGGGGGACUUGAACCAUAACGUUCUGUCAUUCUUGGAAAAUUACCUAAAAAUAAAACUUUAUUGUGA